UUCAUUUCAUUAUUUUAUAAUUUACUCGUAGGGGUUAAGAAUAUUCCUAACUGCAGGCAAAUAGAGUCAUCAUGUGGUGAAUGUAUACAAAAUAUUGAUCCUCCAUGUUCUUGGUGUGAAGAUACUGUAAGUACUCUUUGUUUUUUAGUUGGUUCGUUUAUUUCAUUCUUAAUAAGGGGUAAUUUUUUAAUACCUAUAAUUUGUUCUUUGUCGCAGUUGUCCCUUUUUCUUUGUAAAUUAUUUAUUUUGGUGUUGCAGCUUUUGACGAAAGAAAGCUGCUUUUCUUUUUAAGUUAGUCGAGCCAGUAAUUAACAACUGAAAUAUUUUGGCAUGAGCUCUUUAACUGUCAAUUAUGAAAUUGUUGAAAUUAUUGAAGGGUUUUACAACAUGGAAGGCUUUAAAGGGAAUUUUCGUUGGUUCAAAAAUAAUAACAGCUUUUGACCUUUAUGGCGGCUUUUUGUUUACAUAGGAGUAUGUUUGGUUAGAGCAACCAAGAGACAGAUGUGAUACACAUGCUAACCACACCAAAAAUGGAUGCAAGAAUAUAGCAAAUCCUAAAUCCAAAUUGGUUACAAAUGAAGUAAGUUAA